AAAAACAUAAACAGUGAAACAGCUGUUUUCUUAAAUGGUGAGACACCUAGCGGAACGCGUUCGUAAUUUAGUAUGCAUUUGCAACGGACGAGCGAGAUGUAUGAUUCGGAAAACGAUCGUGUCCAUGGUAGUUGAAAGAGUUAAGUAACAAAAUAUGGCAGCUGGGUGUUGUGGUGCGAAAAAGCAAAAGUUGAACGAUUCCUCAAGUGUUCCGCGUAACGGUAUUGUUAGUUUGCAAAAUGGUAUUCAUAUGCGAAACGCUAUAAUAGUUCAGCCUGAGAUGGGCUUUUAUUGUUUCGAUGUCCUUUACUGCCAAUUGCACCAACUUGAUCCACCAAAACCACCCAACUUCAGCAACGAAGCAUUCCCAUUGUUUGUAACAUGGACUAUUGGCAAAGAUAUGAGAUUACGAGGCUGCAUUGGUACAUUUAAUGCAAUGCAUUUACAUGCAGGAUUACGGGAAUAUGCUACCACUAGUGCUUUCAAGGAUUCAAGAUUUAAUCCAAUCACGUUGGAAGAACUUCCACGUUUGCAUGUUAGCGUUUCUAUACUUCGACAUUUUGAAGAUGGAACAGAUUAUUUAGAUUGGGUUGUAGGAGUUCAUGGAAUUCGCAUAGAAUUUCAUAAUGAAAAGGGAAAUAAACGAACUGCGACAUAUUUGCCUGAUGUAGCAUUGGAACAAGGGUGGAACCAAAUACAAACAAUAGACUCCCUACUACAUAAAGGUGGCUAUAAAGGACUGGUCACACCAGACAUCAGGCGUAGUUUGAAGCUAACUCGAUAUCAGAGUGAAAAAGUGACUGUAAGUUAUCAGGAUUACAUGACACGUUGGUGUGGUCGACGAUGCUAGCAACUGCCUUGGGGUCCUAUUCAAGGGCCCCCUAUUUGCCAAAUGUCUGGCAACAUUUGUUGUCCAAAUACAUAUAUGUUUAAUUAUUGUUUGCAAUAUAUUAAUAAUCAAUAUCAUAGUAUAAUGGCCAGUCAUCGAUCAUUCACUAUAAUAAAACCUAAUCACAUUUUAUUUAUGCAAGCAUAUUUUACAUUUGUUAGUUCUCAAACUAUAUACUUUACAAAAUACAGUCCUUUGUUUUUGUGGAAUUUUGUAGAACUUUUCUUUUUAUUAUCACGUUGUCAUUAUAAAAUAUGUCUUCCUGUAGAGAACCUUGGAUUAUGCUAUUCAAAAACAAAAAUAAUAUUAGAAAUAGUACAACAUAAUUUUUUACCAUUUCAAGUGGUGCCUAUUAUAUUUUCUGUACCUCAUCUUCAUCUUCUUUAUAAUAAAAUAUGUUUGUUAAUAAAGAUAUUAAACCCUUGGGUAUGAAGGUGCUAUUCCUUUCAGAAUUAUUACUUUAAACUGAAAUGUUAAACACACCUAAGAUUACAUUGUUUACUUCAGUUUAAACACCAUUAGAAAUUUCCGAAUGAUUUCGAUCUUUUUAUGAACUUAAUUGUAUCAAACAAUAUCUUUAUUUACAAAUUCUCACAAAUAUUGAUUAUUUAUUUUUGUUACAUAUGUAAUAAAUUUUUAUUAUUUAGCAAUUUCCUUUUAGUUAACAUUUAAGAAAUGUACAUUGUACUUAGUAUAUUCACUUCAACUGUUUAUGUAUAUUUAUUGCUCAAGAUUAUUAUUUAUCUUAACCAGUGUUUCACUUUUAACAAUGUAUUAAAAAGAAAGAAAAAAAAUAUUUAUGAUGUAAAUACUAACAAAAGU